AUGUCUAAACCGUGUUUUUUUACUGGAAUUCAGUCCAGCGGAACCCUUACCUUAGGGAAUUAUUGUGGAUUAAUUCAACCUAUUUUAGCACUUCAAGAAGAUUAUGAAGUAAUUAUAAUGCUUGCUGAUUUACAUGCUUUAACAGUUCCUAAAAAAGAUUUUGAUUAUUCGCAAAAAAGUCGGGAAAUAGCAGCCCUGUUAUAUGCUUGUGGUUUAAAAGAGCAAAAUUGUAAAUUAUUUAUUCAAUCCCAAGUUAAGGAACAUUUAGAAUUAUCUUUUUUGUUAUCCCCUCAUAUUACCAUUAGCGUUUUGUCUAAUAUGAUACAAUAUAAAGAAAAAAAAAGAGAGCAGGAUACCGGUAAUUUGGCUUUAUUGACUUACCCAGUUUUAAUGGCAGCCGAUAUUUUUCUUUAUGACCCCGAUUUAAUUAUUGUAGGUAAAGACCAAAAACAACAUUUAGAGUUAACCACUGAAUUGGCUAAUAAAUUCAAUAAUUUUUAUGGUAAACAACUAUUAAAACUUCCCACUCUCAAAAUUUCUGAUUUAGGUGGAAAAAUUAUGGGCUUAAAAAACCCCCAAAAAAAAAUGUCAAAAAGCGAAAAUGAUUAUAUUGGUUUGUUAGAUAAUCCGGAAACAGUUAUCAAAAAAAUUAAGGAAGCGGAAACUGACAGCGAAAAUAAAAUCUAUUAUGAUUUGGAAAAAAAACCUGGUGUUUCUAAUCUCCUAACUAUUUAUGCUUUAUUAAACAAUCAAGGAAUAAAAGAUGCGGAAAAAGACUUACAAGGCCUUAAUUAUCACCAAUUUAAACUCAAAUUGAUUGAUUUAUUGAAUAAAAAAUUAGGAAUGAUUCAAAAAAAUUAUUGUGAUUACCAACCAAAAAUUA